AUGCUCGAGUCUCUGGUGGCCAAUGUGUUGAAUCGCUUUCUUGGAGCAUAUGUCUCUAAUCUUGAAGAUAGGCAACUCAACAUUGCAAUAUGGACAGGCAUGUUGAUGCGCGUCUGUGACGUCGUAUUGAAAAACUUGCAACUCAAGAGAGAGGCUCUUGAUAAGUUCAAUUUGCCUAUUGAUGUAUUGGAAGGAUAUCUUGGGGAGCUUGCUCUCAAUAUCCCUUGGACAGAUUUAAAAAAUAAACCAGUAAAAGUUUUCGUAAACAACGUUUACCUUCUAGCGGUUCCCAAAGCCGAAUCGGAGUACAAUGCCGAAGAGGAAGAAGACCGGGCCCAGCAACUCAAACAAGAGAAAUUAGCAAAUGCCGAAUUACUUCAGUCGAGUUCGUCUGAAGAGGACGAUCAGAAGAACCAAUCUUUCGUAAAUCAACUUGUUACCAAAAUCGUUGAUAACCUGCAAAUUUCAAUUAAUAACAUUCACAUUCGUUAUGAAGACAAACUGAGUGAUCCGGGUCAUCCAUUUUCGGUCGGGUUGACUUUGUCCGAGUUCUCAGCAGUGUCGACGGACGGGAAUUGGGUACCCACUUUUAUCGAGGGUGAAACAAGUUCAAUUAACAAGUUGAUCACAUUAGGAUCAUUGGCCGUCUAUUGGAACACAGAUUCAAGGUCUCUGGCCGGAUCACCUACAAAUCAAGCUGUUGAGACUUUCACUGGCCUGAUCGCAUCCGAAAAGAAUAUUCCUUCAGAGCAUCAGUAUAUUCUCAAACCGGUUUCAGGAACUGGACGCGUCGUAUUAAAUAAAACUUAUAACGUUGAUACUCCAAAAACUAGCGCAACACUCUUAUUCGAUGAACUUGGAUUCAUCUUAGAUAACGAACAAUACAGGGAUGCUUUAUUGAUGGUGGAUUUGUUCCACUUUUACCUACGUCAACAAUUGUACCGAAAGUUUAGACCACCGAAGGAGUUAACGCCUAAAAAAGACCCGAGGGCCUGGUUUCAAUUUGCUGCAAAUUGCAUCAUCUCGGAAAUUCGUGAAAGGAAUCGUAAAUUAACCUGGGAAUAUUUCGCUGAACGUCGUGAUGAUCGAAAAGCAUACGUCAAGUUGUACAAAGAGAAACUGUAUGACCGAAUGACGCCAGAGGAUGCGUCGAGUUUGACGUCAUUGGAGAAGAAACUCAGUUACGAGGACAUAAGAUUUUACAGAUCAAUCGCAAAAUCGCAACUGAAAAAAGAAAAGGAAUUCUUAGCCAAGAAAAGGAAAGAAAGGGAGGAGUUACAGAAUACGACCCGGCAAGCAACCGGUGGAGGUUGGUUUAGCAGUUGGUGGUAUGGAGGAUCAACACAAAGCUCAACCGAAGAUACCAUCCUGACCGAAGAGCAGCGACAGGAGUUGUACAAAGCAAUUGAUUAUGAUGAAUCGGCUGCGGUGACUGAAUCCAUCGACCUACCGAAAGAAUUGACAAAAAUAUCUCUCAAGACAAAACUUAAGACCGGUUCAUUUGCACUGAAAAAGGAUCCUCACGGAAAGAACGCAGAAAUAUUAUCUUUGAUUUUUGAUACCGUGACCACAAACUUUGUUCAGCGUCCCGAUUCUUUUCAAGCCGAAACUGCGCUGGGAAGUUUGAGCGUGUAUGAUGGGUCUGUCGAGGGCACUCUAUAUCCACAAAUAGUCAAAGUUAAAGAAGACCUUGGACCUAAGGCGGAUAAGACUGACUUGACAAAAGAUAAUCGCGCGAGUGAUAUAGGUUACGACGAAACAACGGAUAUUCCAUUCUUUCAACUAGUUUUCGAAAAAAAUCCUUUGGACGGUCGAGCAGACAAUGGUCUCUCGAUGAAAAUGCGACCUUUGGAAAUUAUCUAUAAUCUAAGUGCCGUUCAGGCUGUCACCGACUUUUUCAGACCUCCGGAACAACAGUUGGAGUCAAUUACCGCAUUGAUUGAAGCGGCCGGGGAUACCAUAGAGGGAAUCAAGGCGCAGACAAGAGCCGGUUUGGAGUUUGCAUUGGAGGAGCAUAAAACAAUUGACCUUAAAAUAGACAUGAGCGCUCCGAUUAUAAUUAUUCCGGAGAGCUGCACCAAAAAGGAUGCACAGGUCGUAGUGCUUGACUCCGGUCACAUCAGCGUAGAAAGCAAACUAGUUAAGAAAGCUGUCAUAUCAGAAAUACAGUCCAAAACCAGCAGCAGUUACGACGAAGGAGACUUUAAAUUAUUGAAAUCUUUAAUGUACGAUAAAUUUUCUGUACAGCUCUCAUCAACUCAGCUUCUCGUGGGUCAAUCUGUCGAACGGUGCCUGGCUCAAAUACGCGAUGCCGAUUCCUCAUAUGACCUUCACUUCAUUGAUCGAAUAAAUAUGCAGUUUAUGGUGGAAAUGUCAAUAUUACCAAGGGCCUCUAACCUCACCAGAUUUAGGGUUUCUGGGCAUUUGCCCCUUUUAAAGGCAAAUUUUUCGGAUCGCAAAUACAAGAUUAUUAUGAAUAUUAUUGACAAAGUAUCUCCAUCGUCAAGUACGAAGGAAGAAACCCCGGUUACAGUUAUUCCAGAAGAAAAGUCUUCACUUUCCAAAGUUGCAAAAGAGUUCCUUAGGGAAAAAAGAAUGCAAUGGGAACGUGCAAAGCAUAGGGACUCCGUGGUGAUGGCCGAGAAAUUAGGACUAGGUAAAGCAUUGCAGGAAUUAGUGAUAAUUGAUGAGGAUGAUGAAGAGGCGGAUGAAUUCUUUGAUGCUCAAGAUACCGACUCUUCUAAUAAUUCGAAGGCUAAUCAACGAACCUUUGAAUUUGAAUUUCGGGUAGACAAAUUUAUUGCUAAUGUUAAAAAAGCAGAUCCAGAUCCUAAUAAACCUGAAGUUAUGCUGGUCGAUAUGGUCUUUCAACAUUUUGGUUUGAAUUAUGUUCAGGGUGCGUUCGAUAUGUCUGCGGAAGUUGUUCUAAAAUCUUUAAGCAUAGAAGAUAAGAUGUCCGAAAAUGGAACAGAAUUUAAGCAUAUAGCUGCAUCCGAAGGAUAUGGCAACACUCCGUCAGAUGAUUCCAAGGAUCUUGUGCACGUGAAGUAUUCUAAAGUUAACUCACGAUCUCCUGAAUAUAUGACGAAAUAUGAAGGAAUCGAUCAGAGUGUCGAUAUUGAAAUGUCUACGAUCAAUGUGAUUGUAACGCGAAAAACCAUCUUAACUUUAUACAAUUAUGUCCUUGACACGUUUACUUCGUCUUCCGUGCAAGAACCCUUGGUAGAUUCAGGCGCUCCACAGUCUGAUCUGGCGGUAGGAUCACCUUACCCCAAUUCACCGGAAUCAUACAAGUCUCUCCAGCAACAACGAACACCUACCAUGCGUGUGAAAGUCAAACUGAAUAGUAUCAGAUUUAUUCUAAACAAUGAUGGCACUAGACUCGCCACGGGAUUACUUUCUCAUGCACAUGCUGCAGUUUUACUGAGACAAAAUACCAUUCGUGUUGGCGCUCAGCUAGGAAACUUUUCCUUAUCUGACGACGGAGCUGGCGCGGAAUCUUCGAGGCGUUUGCUUACGAUAGAAGGAGAUGAUCUGGCUGUUUUUAAAUAUGAAACUUUUGAUGAGAACGCACCAGGUUUCCCUGGAUAUGAUUCAUCAGUCUCGUUGCGUACAGGCUCUGCCAAAUUAACGUUUUUGGAGGAGCCCAUUCGUCUAUUGCUCGACUUUGGAAGUAAAUUUGCUCAAAUGAAAGGUCUUUAUGAUUCUGCUCGCAGGGCUGCGGUGUCUCAGGCAGUUCAUUUUCAGGAGAAAGUUUCAAAAUUUCAUUACGAAAUUGUAAUUCGUACUCCAAUUGUUAUCUUUCCUCAAGAUGAAAAUUCAAGGGAUGUAGUUAUUGCAAAUCUUGGUGAAUUUUCGGCCUCCAACGAGUUCAUUCCGAAUAACGUUGGCGAUAGCUAUCUUACGGUGAUCAAAGCUCAGCUUCAAAAAAUUCGCCUAACUUCAAAUUUCUACUUUCCUGAUAAUAAUUCACCACAAAUUCUUCAAAUUAUUGACGACGUGGACAUCGACGUGAAUGUUUCUUAUUCGGAUCACGUCGAAGGUUCAACUAGACCUGACAUGGAGAUCGUUGCUAAAAUGUCGGAUGUUAAAAUGAAUUUAACCGAGAAACAAUAUAAAUUCUUGUUCGAAUUGUCAAAUACGGUUCCUCGGGCAUUUAGAAGUUCUACUGAUCAAACGCCUUCAACGAAAAAUUCUACAUCCGAUGCUACUUCGAGUCCUAAAGAUCUGACAACCACUUUUUCCAGCUCGGAUGUGUCAUCCAAAGGUUGGACAACAGUUGAUGUUGUAUUUAAGGUAGACCAGAUAUACCUGGAAAUCUUUUCGGGUGACGGCUCUCAGGCGAAUUCGUUAAAUGAAACUAGUCUAUCCAAGUUUUCUCUUAAUCAAACCGACGUCAAAUACAAAAUGAAGAAUGAUGGUUCAAUGGAAGCAGAACUUCGACUUCGUUCUGUUACCUUAAAUGACACACGACCCAACAUUAAAAAUGUCUACAGAGAAAUCUUGCCGGCCGUAAAGAAAGAUAGUUCACAAUUCACAAUCACCGUUUCCAUGUCCGGUGGAUCCGAAAGAGAUGUUGUGGCUUUUGUGACAGUCGAUAAUCCGCAAGUCAUAUUAACGAUAGAUCACUUAUUCGCCACUCGCAAUUAUUUCAUGAGCGCCUUUGAAAAACCAUCAACUCCGAACAAUCAAAGUACACCUCUUUCGGUAGAGGUCGCUUCUCCAAAAUCUCCAGUAUCACCGGUUCAAUCUCCAAUGCUUCCACCGCGUCCGAUAGCCGCACAACCUCCACCUCAGUCAACCACUACCCUCAAUUAUCGGGUGAAUGUUACUAACGCGGAAAUAAUUUUACUUGCUAAUCCACAUCUGGCGGAUACCGAAGCGAUUGUUCUUUCUGCUGAACGAUUGGUUCUUACGCAGCAAAGAAUAAUGGCUUUAAAUGUUGACAAAAUAGGGAUGUUCCUGUGUUGUAUGAAUAAACGAGAAUCUUCGCAAUUGCAUUUUAUCGAUAAUUUUGAUUUUUCAAUGACCAUGGACACGCAGAGCACAAAACCUGGCCAAAAUCUCACAAACAUUGGCAUUGACGUUGGACCUCUCAUUUUAAGAUUAUCAUAUAGAGAUGUCUUAUUGAUAACCUCUAUUGUAAACAAAGUGACCGAACUCUCGUCCCAAUCUCAAUCUUCUGCGCCAUCAUCACAAGUUGAGCAGCCCGAGAUAGAAUCUGAAUCUUCGAGUGGGAACCAGAGAGCAUUCAAUUAUAAUACGCUUACCAAGAAAGGCAUCAGUUCAUUCAAAGGACGCUCUGGCUUCUCCCAGGUUCUCGUGACACGUGAAUCGCUUAAAGCAACCUUCCAAGGCGCAAAGCUCGUCUUAAUUGGUGAUGAACAUGAUAUUCCAAUGAUCGAUGGAAAUUGCAAUAGUUUUACUGUGACUGUGGCCGAUUGGUCAUCGCAGAUGAGCGUCGAUGCCACCAUUUCUACUUAUAUGAAUUACUUUAAUCUAACGAAUUCACAUUGGGAACCAUUGAUUGAACCAUGGCAAUAUAGUCUUCACGCUUCGAAGAAUCUGAAUCCUGAAAGCAUGGUGAUUGAUAUCUCUUCGCAGACGCCACUGGAAGUAAACAUUACACAUAUAUUCUUGGAAACUAUGCUUACUACGCUUUCCAUAAUUGGCCACGAAAGCGAGCACGUGCUUAAUACUGAUCGGGGCUUGAAAACGCCUUAUAAGCUUAUAAAUCAAACAGGGUAUGCUCUACAUGUUUGGGCAAAUGAUGCUGUUGACAUCAUGUAUGAGACGAUGCCGGAUGGUGGAGAAUUGGCUUGGAGAUUCGACGACUGGCGAAAGACGCGUGAGUCAAUUACGGUGACCAAGAAUAUGCUCGGCAUUCAACUUGAAGGUCCUUUAUGGGAAUGCAUUAAAGAUAUACCGGUUGACAGAGAAGGAGAAACACUCUAUUCAUUACGCCCAAAGUUGGAGGAUAAUGUUUCACACCGUUUAGUUGUCGAUGUGAAAUUAAAGGACAACAUUAAAGUCGUGACCUUCCGAUCAGUACUUGUUGUCGAAAAUCGUACACUUGUCACGGUAGAGCUUUUGGUGGACAAUGCAAGUGUUAACAAGGUCUACCAAAUAGCUCCAGGAGAAGAUUGUCCGGUUCCUAUCGAAGCUGCAUACCACAAAAAAUUCAAGAUCAGACCUGAAGGAGGUUUCGGAUAUAACUGGAGCACUGAAUAUUUGUACUGGAAAGACUUCUUGAAAUCAGCUCCCAUCACCUCUGUUUCAUGUGAAAAUAUUCAAGAAGAAAUACCGUUCAGGUUCCAAGUGUGUGCCCGAUAUUCCAGGAAAAAUUCCCUGGUGAAGGAAUAUCCUUAUAUGUCUAUCCGUAUAAGUGCUCCGAUUCAAAUAGAAAACUUAUUGCCUUACGAUAUUAACUUCAGUAUACAAGAUCGAACUAGUAAUCAGGAAUGGUCCAAGAAUCUCUUGCGCAAGGGGCAAGUGACUUCGUUUCACUAUACAGAAUUGGGGCAUCUAUUAUUGCUUAAAAUUGAUAUUUUAGAAACAGGUUACAACACCAGUGAAUUUUCCAUAAUCAGCACACCAGAUAGGUAUGAAUACCAAAUAGAAAAUACUUUAACCUUAACCGAUGAUGCAGACUUGAAAUUAAACCUUUGCUUACAUUACUUUGAUAUUCCGGAUUCCGGAGGGGCGUUCAAAGUUAGCGUAUACAGUCCCUACAUCAUGAUGAACAAGACAGGCUUAGAUAUGACUUUUAAGACGAAAUCGUUCUUACAACCUGCAAAAAUUGCGGCUGGUCAAGGGCAGUCAAAGAAAAAAAGUCACGUUGAGCCAUAUAUGUUUUCUUAUGCAAAUGAUGAGAGAAAUCGAGUUCUUUUGAAAGUAGGAGAUUCAGAUUGGAGCAAG